AACAUUCAACAUUCCGUUGUCUAAUUUCUCUUAGAUUUGUUUUCAUCUCCUCUCUGUUUCGUGAUUUUCAUUUCUUCAGACUCAAUUUGCUCUGAUGUUUAGCUGUUGAUCGUGUAUAAAUAUAUAUUUUGAUCCAUCAUAUAUUGGGUUUAAUAAUAUGAGCUGCAAUGGAUGUCGAAUUCUUCGGAAAGGAUGCAGUGAAAGCUGUAUCCUCCGGCCGUGUUUGCAGUGGAUCGACACCGCCGAAGCUCAAGCGCACGCCACCGUCUUCGUCGCCAAGUUCUUCGGCCGCGCCGGCCUCAUGUCCUUCAUCUCCGCAGUCCCGGAAGCACAACGCCCUGCUUUGUUCCAAUCGUUGUUGUUCGAAGCGUGUGGCCGGACGGUGAACCCGGUGAACGGAGCGGUGGGGCUUUUAUGGACGGGGAACUGGCACGUGUGCCAGGCGGCGGUGCAGACCGUCCUCCGCGGCGGCGCGUUGCAUCCGAUCCCUGAGCUCUUCACCCCUCUGGACCUCGACGCUGCGGCUUCCGAAACCGAAGUCACCUGCGCCGAAGACAUCUUCAAGCUUCACCAAGAUCCAAACCUCGACUCAUCAAAACCCAAAUCGCUGAAGCGCCGCCAAGAUCAAGCGCCGGCCAAUCUUGGCCUCAGCUUAACGCCCUGCACGAAACCCAAAGUUUCUUCUUCUUCAUCAUCGUCAUUGUUCAGACCAAUUACGAAUGGGGGGCAGCUUAAUUUUCAGUACUCGCCGAGAAAGCAGCGGGCGGGGACGCCGUCGAUGAAUUCAGAAGAAUCUGUGACGACAACUUGCUUGGAAAGCUUUGGGGAGCCAAAGCUUCUAAAUUUGUUCAACUAGCUAGCUAGUUUCGUUGUACGUAUGUUAAUGUCUUUCCCGGAACCGAAAUUCCGGCAAGUUUUGGGUAAUCAUCGGCACAAGAUUUCCCUUUUUCUGGCAAAAUUUGGGAAAAAUGAAAGUUGUCGGUGAUCUUUAUAUUUCCCCUUUUUCCCCCCCUUGUUUAUUAAGGGUCUGUUGGACGUGAAUAAAUCAUUCCUCUAAUUUGGAUA